AAACCCCUGUCGCUUUAGGACCCAGAAGGGCCCGUCCCCCAGCGGCCGCUAAGAGAAGGGCACCGGCUCAGUUCUCAGGCAGCAGCGGCUGUGGCAGAGGGAGAGAAAGACAGAGGAAAAGGGGAGUUGGGGGGGAGGGAAGCAGGCAGGCAGACAAGCAGACAGGCAGGCCGGAACAGAAGGAAAGCGGAGCCUGGCCCGAGCCGAGGCUGUGCGAGAGAACAGUGACAGCAACAUAAGAAUCUCGAAGAGCUCCGAGGCAGGACCAUGGCUCCCGGGGUCCCCCGGCCCCCAGAGAUCCGAAUCUGCCAUCCCGGGUGGGGGAUGGACUGACUGCCUGCUUGCCUGUCUCUCGCUGACACCGCCGCCUACAAUGUGAACCGGAUUCCACCCGCCGCUUGUUCGGGGGGAGGGGAGGGUGGGGGGCUCCGACUGUGGUCGGCCUCUUGUUUGGGGGGGUCAGACUCGAGCGAGCCUCCUAGAGGGUUUUUUUGGGGGGAGGGGAUCCGGACGGUAGCCGGUCCCUUGUUCGGAGGAGGGGGCAGAGAAAGGGGGGGAUGCGAACCCGGUUCCCCCCAUCAUGAUGAAGACAGAGCCGCGCGGCCCCGGGGGCCCCCUUCGGAGCGCUUCCCCUCACCGCAGCGCCUAUGAGGCUGGUAUCCAGGCCCUGAAAGCCCCGUCCGACAACCCGGGGGCAGACGAGGCCCCGAAGGUUCCCCAUCACAAGAAAUAUGGCUCCAACGUCCACCGGAUCAAGAGCAUGUUCCUCCAGAUGGGGACUGCUGGGCCUCCCGGCGGCUGGGGAGAAGGGAGUAGCGGUGCGGGGGGAGCCGGGCCCCCGGAGCCCCCUCCCCGGGUGCCUGAGCGCUCGGUGCGCCUCUCCCUGCCCCGGGCCAGCAGCCUCAACGAGAACGUGGACCACAGCGCGCUGCUGAAGCUGGGCACCAGCGUGUCGGAGCGGGUGAGCCGCUUCGACUCCAAGCCAGCACAGCCACCCCAGCCGGCGCUGCCGCCCCAGCCGCUGUCCAGGCUGCAGGAGACAAGGAAGUUGUUCGAGCGCAGCCCCGCCGGGGCGGCGGCCGGGCCCGGCAGCGACAAGGAGGCCGCCACUCGGCGACUCCUGAGACAGGAGCGGGCCAGCCUGCAGGACCGGAAGCUGGACGUGGUGGUGCGCUUCAACGGCAGCACCGAGGCGCUGGACAAGCUGGACACCGACGCCGUGUCCCCGACCGUCAGCCAGCUGAGCGCAGUCUUCGAGAAGGCGGACUUAAGGUCUGGCCUCCACCGGGGACCCGGGGCGCCGCCGCUCAACUCCAAGCUGGUCAGCAAGAGGUCUCGCGCUUUCCUGCCUACGCCUCCCGCCCCGUCCGGUGAUGGGCCCUCAGAGAAGGAGCGGAGCCCGGGAGGGCAGCCUCAGCCUCAGGGGCAGCCCCAACAGCCACUGCCUCGCUCCGCACCGGUCCGCCCGCCCCCCAAGCCCCGGGAGGUGCGUAAAAUUAAGCCGGUGGAAGUGGAAGAGAGUGGGGAAUCAGAGGCCGAGGCAGCAGCUGGAGAGGUGAUACAGGCUGAAGUGACUGUCCACGCUGCCCUAGAGAACGGCGCCGUGGCUGCAGCAGUCCCAGCCGGACCCCCAGAGGAGCAAAGAGCUCAAGCAGCCCCGGAGGAUGAAGGUGACGGAGAGAGGGGAGUAGGGGUCUCGGGAGUAAGCCGGGCGCCUGACGUGGCCCCCGAGGAAGGGGAUGAGUCCAAGAGGGAAGACUUCUCCGAAGCGGACUUAGUGGACGUGAGCGCCUAUAGUGGGCUUGGGGAGGACUCGGGGGGUAGUGGGCUGGAGGAGGAGGAAGAAGAAGACGACGAGGAGGAGGAAGAUGGGGAGCCCCCCUAUGAGCCAGAAUCGGGGUGUAUAGAGAUCCCAGGGCUCUCUGAGGAGGAGGAGCCGGUACCCAGCCGGAAGAUCCAUUUCAGCACUGCACCCAUCCAAGUGUUCAGCACAUACUCCAAUGAAGACUACGACCGUCGCAAUGAGGAUGUGGAUCCCAUGGCAGCUUCAGCUGAAUAUGAGCUGGAGAAGCGGGUGGAGAGGCUGGAAUUAUUCCCUGUGGAGCUGGACAAGGACUCAGAAGGACUGGGCAUUAGUAUCAUCGGCAUGGGUGCUGGGGCCGACAUGGGCCUGGAGAAGCUGGGCAUCUUUGUCAAGACAGUGACUGAGGGAGGAGCUGCACAUCGUGAUGGCAGGAUCCAAGUGAACGACCUCUUGGUGGAAGUGGAUGGGACCAGCUUGGUGGGUGUGACUCAGAGCUUUGCAGCUUCUGUGCUUAGGAACACCAAGGGCCGAGUGCGAUUUCUGAUUGGGCGAGAACGUCCAGGGGAACAAAGCGAGGUGGCCCAAUUGAUCCAGCAGACCCUGGAGCAGGAGCGGUGGCAACGAGAAAUGAUGGAGCAGAGAUACGCCCAAUAUGCAGAAGAAGAUGAAGAGACAGGAGAGUACGCCACAGAUGAGGAUGAGGAGAUGAGCCCUACAUUCCCAGGCAGUGAAAUGGCCAUAGAGGUGUUUGAACUAGCGGAGAAUGAGGACGCCCUGUCCCCAGUAGAGAUGGAGCCUGAGAAGCUGCUCCAGAUCAAGCAUGCUGUCACUGAGGCUGAGAUCCAGCAGCUGAAAAGAAAGCUUCAGGGCCUGGAGCAGGAGAAGGGUCGAUGGCGAGCUGAGAAGGCCCAGCUGGAACAAAGUGUGGAGGAGAACAAGGAGCGAAUGGAGAAGCUGGAGGGCUACUGGGGGGAAGCACAGAGCCUGUGCCAGGCUGUGGAUGAGCACCUCAGGGAGACUCAGGCCCAGUACCAGGCCCUCGAGCGAAAGUACAGCAAAGCCAAGCGGCUCAUUAAAGACUACCAGCAAAAGGAGAUCGAAUUCCUGAAAAAGGAAACUGCACAGCGUCGGGUGCUGGAAGAAUCGGAGCUUGCUCGAAAGGAGGAGAUAGACAAACUCCGGGACAAGAUUUCGGAACUAGAGGGGAACCUACAGACAAUGAGGAAUUCCAAUUCCACUUAACACAUACCCAAUUCCCAGUCAAUAUCUAACCACCCACCCUUGGAUUUUCCCUUCCUCUUCUUCCCAUUCUUUCCUCCCUCCCUCCCCUUCAUCCCAAUCCUUGCCUUUUCUUUUCCACUCCCCACCUGGGGACAGGUGCCCCAAUUCUCUCCUUGCCUUCCCAACCCCAUAUCCCUUCUUGCUUCAGGGACCAGAGGAACAGCUGGGAAGGCCUCUGGACUUAGGGCUCAACUGGGUUAGUCUUUCAUUUGUCAAGUCAGAGCCUAAGCAGAAAUGGCCAGGGAGGGAGACUUCCCUCCUUUGGUCUGUGUCCAUCUUGAAAGACAGUUUUGUCACCGCCUCCCCAAGACUGAGGAUGCUGCCCAGGGUGGAGGGAGACUCCUGAUGACUUUGAGGGGUGCUAUGGGGUGAUCCCUCUUGCUGUCUCUGGGCAUGUCCACAGGGUGGGUUCUGGACGGACAAAUGGACCCACCACCCACCACCCAAACUGUCCAAUUCCAAGCCACUGCCUCCAAACUGGAAUGGGAAGGGAAGUAGUGGAGACUUCUGGGGAGCAGCCAGUGCACUUGUUGGCCAGCUCUUUCCCCUUUCCACUGCCCCUUCCCCAAAGAUCUCAAAAACUGAAGGGGCUGCCCUGUGUCCUCACCAGGGCCCCUAGGACCUCUUGGCUGUAGACUUCCUUCCUGACUCAUCCUCUUCCCCACUCUACUUCACGUCGGGGAUCAAUUUGCUGUCUCAGUUUCAUCCUGCUUCUCCUGCUUCUGGGGUGAGGGGAGCUCCCCCGUCCUGUAACUCAGUACCCCUCCCCCAACCCAGCCUACCCUGGAUUCUAGGCCCAGGGCCUAGGGCAGGGUGGAUAGAACAAAGGGAUGCUCAGAAGUUGGGUCAAGCCCUGCACGGACUUCUGGUUGGUUUAUUUCCCUUCCCUGGUAUCCACGGAGGGGAAUUGGGAGGGAGCAAAGGGAGGGCCCAGGACACUUGGGUUCCCAACCUCCUACUCCUUACUUCCCUGGGGCAAACUUCAUUAGGUCUUCUCCCUGAUCCCAUUUCUCCUUGCUGAGUUUUGUGCCCCUUCCUUAACCACCCUCACCCUGCAGGUGCCAAAUAGUGAUAGAAUUCUUUCAUCCCUUUUAGUUCCUGGGCCUCUGGUAGAGACAGAUGGAGAAAGGGGGCAGGUGGAAAACUCACUCUUUCUGGUUGUUUAGACUCUGAAUGUUAACUCUUUAACUCCUAGUCCUGGGUCAGGGCUCCUUUGAAUAGACUCUCUUCAGGGCACCCCUUUUCCCCCAGUGCCUGUUGAGGGUAAAAACUCAACCUCUCAGUGGCUUAAGCCUUCCUGGCUCUCCCCCUUUUUUGGUUCAGUGCCACCUUCUCAGUUUCUACAUCCCAACCCACAUAUCUCUCUCUCCCCAGUCCCCUAGUCCCCUCUUCUCCUUGGAGAUGGAUGGUAGACUGCCCACAGGUCUACUUUCUAAAUAAGACCACCUCUUCCUACAUUUCCCUUUCCCAAUAUUCACAGACAUAUCUUUUUUUCCCCAAGACUGGGGCUUGGACCAAGG